ACAACCACGUCAGAAAUCAUGGCAAGGCUGUCUCCAUGGCUGCCCGGCCAUUGUCGGACCCGGACCUUGAGAAUGCCUAACAUGAUUCGUAUGGGGAAGGUGGUGUGGUAUGGAUGCAGCUAGGUGCAUGUGGCGGCGGCAUUUGCGUAGACAAGAUAUGAUUUAUAAUGAGAAAGCGAAUGCGAAUCGACACGGUCGGACUAGAACUGAAGCGAGAGGCAGCCUUGUCUGUCUGAUCAUCUCGAGGUCGAGGCUAAGUGACCACGAAACUUUUUACUCAACAACCAGCUUUUGCUUUCUGAGAGAAGUCAGUGUCAUGUGCUAGGUAUAACGCAAUGAAAGGAUAUGCCAAACUUGGGUGGCUCAUGGGAAAUCGCCCCGAGACCGCCAUAUUGCGCUGUUUUUCAUCACUCAGUGUCCAAAAGUUGCUUUACCUUCAGGCUGAGCUUACAAGUCUGGAGCAAGACCUUCGAAGAUUCGCUGCAGAAGACGAUGUCUCUUCUUAUGGAAACAGAGAAGACUAUUCAACUAACUGGCGAGCUCUCAAAGCAUCCGUCGCUGAGAACGCCGAAGAUGGAAAGUCAGGACAACAAUGGGAGACUAUGCUAGCAAUUAGCGAAAAGCUUGAGGAGUAUCAAAUUGCACUGCUCCGCCACCGGGAAAUGAACGCUGUACCGGAACCCCUUCAACAGGACUUGGAAUUUCUCAUGAAUUGGAUGUCGCGCCCAGAUAUGGGAGGUGUACAUUUAGACGGAGACGAUAGGCUUAUUUGGACCGAAAAAGAAUUUCAAAGUGACUUGUUAACGUUGAAGCCGCGGAUGAAGGAAGAGUUGUUUUAUCACUGGAUUUCCAGCAGUUUCAUAAAUCGAUUUCAUACCCUACUGGGAUAUUACUUCAAGGCCACUCGACCGGAAGAACAUCUUGCCGGGACAGUCAUAUAUGACGAUGCUCAUCUUCGGCGCCUAACUAGAAGCAUAGCAACUGUCUUCGCUUGCAUGCUGCCAGUACUAUCGAUCGUAGUUCUUUAUGUCGUGCAAGCUAUGAGCAAGCGUCUUGGUAUAGUUGCGGCCUUUACAAUCAUCUUCUCCGUCAGUCUUGUGACCAUGACCAGCGCUGAGAUGGGGGAUAUCUUCGCAGCAACAGCAGCAUAUGCUCUUGUGCAGGUUGUUUUCAUUGGCACAACUGGCGGUAACUGUAGUUCAGUGAAUUAG